UUGCCAUCACUCUAUUUAAUUUCAUCCUCACUCUCCUCUCUCUCUCUAAAAGAAGAACAGAGCAAGAAACUAAAAGAAAAAAAAAAACAGAGAGCUGUUUUCUUUUCUUCAAGACCUUCCUUUGAUCAAUUUCUGUGAAGAGAAAAAGUUGGACAAUUUUUGGAGUUAUGGGUUUGUUUAGAAUGAAGGGUUUAGAGGAUUUCAAACCAUUGAUGGCGAUGGUAGCCAUAGAUUUUGCUUUCGCCAUUGUGAAUAUUCUGCUCGAGACAGUUCUUGAUCAUGGAAUGAACCAUUUGGUUCUCAUCACUUACCGUCUCUCCAUUGCUGCCAUUUCCUUGGCCCCAAUUGCCUACUUCUGUGAAAAAGAUGGGAGAGCUAAUCUCUCUAUUCGAAUCCUCUGUUAUUUGUUCUUCAGCGCCAUUGUUGGGGCUUCAUUAACUCAAUACUGCUUUCUUCUGGGAAUUCAACACACCUCUGCUACUUUCGCUUGUGCAUUUGUAAACAUAGUCCCUGUGGUUACUUUUCUACUUGCUCUUCCAUUUGGGUCGGAGACAGUGAAGUUGAAAAGUAGCAGUGGAAAAGCGAAGGUGAUCGGGACGGUGGUGUGCAUCUCAGGUGCGGUGCUAUUGACGACGUACAGAGGCCCAACAUUGGCGAAUGCUUCAUAUGCCACUGCACACGUUGGCGAUGCGAAGCUAAAAAAGACGACGGAGAGUUGGACGGUGGGGUGCAUUGCUCUGGUGGCCGGAACUCUAUUGUGGUCGUCGUGGUUUCUAUUGCAAUCAAACAUCGGAAAGAGAUAUCCGUAUCAGUACUCGAGCACCGCCAUCAUGUCCGGCUUCGGUGCCGUCCAAUCCGCCAUAUUGAGCCUCUCCACCGGCGCAAAGCUCUCUGCAUGGGCUCUUACUGGAAAGAUUCAAAUUCUCACUGUUUUGUACACGGGGAUGAUCGGGUCAGGGAUAUGCUUUGUGGGAAUGUCAUGGUGCGUUAAGAAGAGAGGGCCAGUAUUUACAGCAGCGUUUAGCCCGCUAGUUCAAAUUAUGGCAGCCAUGUUCGACAUCCCAAUCUUCCACGAGCCACUAUUUCUCGGAAGCUUGUUGGGAUCAAUCAUUGUGAUAAUUGGACUCUACAUUUUACUAUGGGGAAAGAACAAAGAGAUGGAGAGCUGUGCUUCAAAAGUGUUGGUGGAGGAGGAAAUUACUACAACAAAUGCUCCUCAAGACCAAAUGAUGAAGGAUUUACAAGAUCAGCCAUAGAAAUUCAAGACUUCAUUUAAGUAGAUGAAAUCACAAAGAUUUGAGAUAUGGGGUUGUCUUUUUUUUUUUUUUUUUUUUACAAUGUUAUUAUUCAAGAGGGAUAAAAUCAAUAGAGGCGAAAAAAAGAGAUUACUUUAAUCUCGUUUAAGCUUCUAAUGUUGAUUGAAACCAAACAUUAUAAUAUUUAACUACUAGUCGAGUUAAGUAUAUAUAACAUCAUCAUACACAUGAAUUUUUAAAUAUCAAGAAAAAGUUCUGAUUGAGAAAAGAAAAAAAAUUAUUUUCUUUUUGAAACACAAAAAGUGAAGAGACUUAAGAGAGAGGACUAAGUUUUGUGAGUUGAAACUAAUUGACCAUUUGUCCCAUCACAAGAUAUUAUAUAAUUUGAUCAUUGAUUAAAAAUAAGAAAAAGAAAAAAGAAAAUUCAAAGCUACCGAUGACUUUGUUCUCU